GUAGCUUAUAUGACGAAAAUGCGUCAAAAUCAGCCACGCAAUCAACCGUGCGUUGCUUCAUUCUGUAGCAGAUCUCAAAAUGGGGGGUUUCUUCUCUAGUUUAUUUUCUUCGUUGUUCGGUCAGAAAGAGCUCAGAAUCCUUAUUUUAGGGUUGGAUGGGGCUGGUAAAACAACCAUCUUGUAUAGACUUCAAGUUGGAGAAGUUGUAACAACAAUUCCAACAAUAGGAUUUAAUGUUGAGACAGUUACAUACAAGAAUCUUAAAUUUCAAGUGUGGGAUCUAGGAGGGCAAACAAGCAUUAGGCCUUAUUGGAGAUGCUAUUACUCCAACACAGAUGCUAUAAUUUAUGUCGUAGACAGCAUGGACAAAGACAGAAUAGGCAUCUCUAAGCAAGAGUUAAUUGCUAUGUUAGAGGAAGAUGAACUUAAAAAAGCAAUUCUAGUGGUUUUUGCUAAUAAACAGGAUAUGGAAGGUGCCAUGUCGGCAUCUGAGGUGUCCAAUGCUCUGGGUCUUUCUGCAUUAAAGAGCCGUACGUGGUCCAUAUUUAAAACCUCCGCUACUAAGGGAGAAGGGCUUGAUGAAGCUAUGGAAUGGUUAGUGGAUAGUCUCAAAUCAAGACAAUAAUCAACAUAGUUAUUGUAUGUUAUUUAAUGUUAUUAUCUUCUCCACUCUCCCUUCAUCCAGUGAAAUUUUUUUUUCAAACAUCAAAUCUCUAUAAUGAAGAAAAUUUUGGACUGUAACAUUUCUGCAUUGAAAAAAAAAAACAACGUUUUACAAGUUUUAACAUGUAGUUUAUCGUCAAUUCGUCAUUUUUUGGUGUUAAAUGUCAUUUAGUACUCUUUGGUUGUCUGUGUUUCAAGGUAGAGUAGACGAGUUGUUUUAUAUUUAGUUCUACUAGAUGUCUACAAAGUUUGGGAUAUUUAUGAGCAAACUUUUAUCUUGUAGUGGCUGCCAUAGGCUAAAUAGCUAUAGAGCUCUAUGGCUCUGUGUAGUUUUAAGAAACUUUCAUAUUAUUGUUCACCCAUAACUUUUUGGAGACCGGAAGGGCUUUCAGUUUCUCACUUUCUUUAUUGAGAUAAAAAUAAAUGCGCUUGAUGAUAAGUUUCCAAUACUGAUGUUUCCAUGGCAAAUAUUCCAUUGUCUCCUGAGACAAAUGGAGGCCGACCAAGUAUUGAAUGUUGAUGUUUCCAUGGAGAUGUUGAUCAGUUUGCUACUAAUCACAGAGAGUUCAGUAUUCAAUUUGGUGCUUUUUUUCAAAAAAAA